CCUUUCGGUCGCAUUGACUCGUGCUGCGGGGACGCGCCCCCGUAUUGCGGCUUCUUUACGUCUUCCCUCCUGCGUGCCGCGCGGUGGCGCUUCCUGCGAAAUCCUCUCAAUCCCCAGAGCGGGACGGGUCUACAGACGCUGCGAGUAACGGCAGUCGAGCGCUUCUCCUCGGAUAUCCCGCAAGAAACACGGUGGCAAAGAUGAGUAAAGGCUGCAUCACGGCAACCAAGUACUUCCUGUUCCUGUUCAACCUUCUCUUCUUUAUUUUUGGAGCCCUCAUAAUGGGAUUUGGACUCUGGAUUCUUCUGGACAAUCAGAGCUUCAUUGCUGUUCUACAGGAGGAAUCCAAUUCGUUGAAGGUGGGCUCCUACAUUCUCAUUGGAGUGGGUUCACUCUCCAUGCUUAUGGGCUUCCUCGGCUGCAUCGGAGCCAUAUAUGAAGUCCGCUGCCUUCUGGGACUGUACUUCACCUGCCUUCUGCUGAUCCUCAUUGCCCAGAUGACUGCCGCGGUGCUUAUAUACUUCCAGAGGGACUUGCUGAAGAAUGAGAUGUCCAUCAUUGUGAACAAGAUCUUGGUGGACUACACCAUUGGGAACAAGACCACAGAGCAAGCCUGGGACUACAUCCAGAGGACAAUGCAGUGCUGUGGCUGGACUGGACCCAGCAACUGGACCGAGAACACCGUGAUCAAGAACAGCUCACGGGUGCUGUAUCCCUGCUCGUGCCGGAACGUGUCCAUCCCCGGGGUGGAGGUCGAGGACAAUGGCCUGUGCGAGAGCCUGUCCCAGCAGCCGCCUGUGUACCAGACGGGCUGCAUCUCCAGCGUGGAGAGCUGGCUCUUCAGCAAUUACGGGGUGAUCAUCGGAAUCUGCGCCGGCGUGGCUGUGAUCGAGCUCCUGGGAUUGGCCCUCUCCAUGUGUCUGUGCCAGAGCAUCCGCCAGGAGGACUACACCAAAGUGCCGGCGUACUGAAGGCCGCUCGGCGCGGCCCCGUCCGGCCUGCACUGACGCACCCUGUCACCUACACUUUACCAUGUGCUCUGUCUCUCUCUCUCUCUCUCUCCCUCUCUCACCCCCCCUCCCCACUCUCCCCUGUGUGUCGAACCCCAACCUCGCACGCGGCGCACAUGAAACGCAUGAAGCGCCUGACACGGAGCCAGACGCUGAGAAACGUGUCAUCUCAUUUACUGUCUUAAAGCUUUUUCAUGUUUUAUUUCGGAGUUGGGGGGGCACAAGGUGUCCUGCAGGGAGGAGGAUUUAGAGGAGAACGCCGAAGCCCUCAUUACUGUAACGCCGCAAGCUGAGGAAUGAGAGCGAACCAGGCGAGGCGGUAAUGCCACUUCCUAAUAAGCGAGACCGUUUCAGCUUAUUUCCAGUUUUAAUUUCAUUCUGUCGAAGUGUAAAAAGAUUUAGUGUGUUUUGUUGUUUCCUUUCUGAAGCGCUUGCUGUUGUAGCAGUUAGAUGUGUUCCGAGAGCACUUUAGCAGUUCCGUCUAAGCCGUUGAUUAGUGACGCAGAGACCUGAGCGAAGCCACGCCCAUCUGACCUGGCGGUACGAGGAGUCUCUUUGUGGUGGUGUUGCUGCAAGGAGCUCGGGAACGUGGAGUCGCGGUGUUUUUCGGUCCCUCGCUGCCCCUCCCCCAGAUUCUGCAGGCUUACUCCUCUCAUCCAGCUGUGGCCCUCAGUGGUCAAUUCAAUUUACAGCCUGUGGUCCAUCCCCUUGAAACUGGGAAACAUGGCCCCCCACACACUCCGGUCCUAGGGGCUUCCUGCAUAUACGUCGUCCAGUCCCGGCAGCUGUCAUCGGUGCAAGCCGCAGUGUUGCCAUGCCGACACGUUUAGGCUCCUCCCCCUCGUGGUCUGUUGGUUCUGGCUUCACAGGUCUUGGAAAGAGUUAGAUUACCGAAAAGAAAUAGUUUUGCAUGAUUUACAAAAAAAAAAUCUAUGUGCUGUGUGUGCAUGUUUUGAAAACUUCUGUUUUUAAUGAUCUGAUUUACAAAAUAUACAGCUUGCAUUUUUAUACUGGGAAAUGGUUGCUUUUACAUUCCUGCUUUUAAAAGCCGUUAUUUUCUCAACUGUUACGCUUUUAAAUGUAUGUUUACAAAUUUGAUCUUAUGUUUAUUAUGUGAGUGUGAUUUAGAAGAGUGGCUGUUUUUGUACAGCGAUUGUGUACAAGUUAUCAUUUCUAAUUUUUAUUGUUGGCUUUUACUUGGUUAUUUCAAGAUCAACAGGAACAAUUUUAUAUAAUUAAAAAGCAUUUAUUAAUAA